AUGCCGCCCCUGAAACGCCCGUCCCCAGAGUACAAAGACCUCCCAGCCAUUCCUACAAAGAAGCAGAAACUGGAAUACCGCCGUGUUCACCGUCUACACUCACCCUUGGAAGUGCCCUCUCUCGGUUCGCCUGCCAUUUUAGACGAUGCCUCCGUAGACCGGAUGCUCAACAUGGCAAUCAGCGUUUCGCUUCGCGAAGCUGGCUUUGACCUUGCAGAGUCUCUUGCGCUGGACAGUCUAAGAGACGGGGUGGAAGAAUACAUGCUUCACUUCCUGGCGUACAUUCGCGUAUCGAUGGCUUCCUGUCGUAGAACGCAGCCGAUUCCGCAGGAUUUUGAACAUGCGCUAGCACAGCACUCGGUGUCACUGGAUUCUCUAUAUUCGCACGUUAAGCGACAGCGAAAGCCCAAACAACCCCCGACCCUCCUACCCACGCCCCCGCCUGAAACUAUCCCACCAAUAAAGAACUACACAUUCAUGGGACCUGAACUGGAUUCCACGUCGGAUGUACAUAGCUAUUCCUAUAUCCCGAAACACUUUCCCAAAUUUCCCGGUAGGCAUACGUACUGUGAAACACCGGUAUAUCCGGCCCGCGAAACAGACCCGAAGAAAAUUCGAGAACGGGCAACAGAGGAGGGGCGGCUGGGCGAAGAGGCACUGAAAAAAUUAGCACCUCCCGUACAGGAUUCCCAUCCGGGUGCUGAAGGGAGGUCCGAGAAGAAAUUAUGGGGGAUGCAGAAAGAAAGCAUGGAUUCAAUGUUCGACAAGGCCCUUGCAGAAGUUCUGAGAGACCAGGUGGAACAGAAAGAGCGGAGAAAGAAGGGAAAGCAGAAGUCGAUCGAUACGGGCGACAGUAUGAUCGACUUUGGAGUCCAAGAGCCAGUUCAAGAGACAACAACGCCGGUCAAACUGGGCAAUAUUGAAUUGCCAAAAUUUGAGAUGGGACCCGUUGUGAAUUGUGAACAGGUAUUUUACCGACAGCGAGUACCGGGAACACGGGAAAUGGAGCGGUAG